GGCCCAACCCAAACGAAGCCAGCGUGAGGCCAGCAGCGCCCCGUGUCGCCGUGGACUCCACAGCCCUCCCAGUCCCAGCGCCGCCCGCCCACCCCCGGCCACGGCGAGAUGAGGCCCGCGGCGGCCGCGGCCGCGUCCGUGCUGCAGGCGCCGCGCCGCGCCCUCGGAGGGGUGUCGCUCGUCGGCGCCCGCUGCGCCUCCUCCUCCUCCUCCUCUUCGGUCGCCGCCGCCGCCACUUCGUACGAUCAUGUGUCGUUUGUCAAGGAAAUCGCCGUGACCGACCCCCCGGAGCAUCUUAAUUCUCUGUUGAAUGUGCUUCAUGCACGAGGUGAGAAGAUAGUUUCUCCUGGAGCUAAAAGAGGGCUGAUUCCACUUGUUGUUCCCCUGUCGGAAAGUCCACAAGGUAACUUGACAUCCCUGCUGAGAUGGCCGACUGCUCCAAGUGGGAUGGAAAUGCCUGUAGUGGAAGUGCGUAGCCAUGGGCUGUGGCUUUUGGCUAAAAACGUCAAUCAAUAUAUUCAUAGAAUACUUGUUGAGGCUGAUAGCAGAGCUGAGAGUGGUGAUGAUUUAUGGUCUGCUGUUCGAGAAGAUUUAUGGUCUGCUGUAGGGGAAGCUGGUCCAAACAUUUACAAAAGAGGUGAUCUCAAAGAAUCGCAGACGGCAGAUCUUGAUGUCUAUUUGUUGAAGAAGGUUGGACUCUUUCCAGACAUUCUAGAAAGGAAAGCAUCACGCCACCUGGAAAAAGGAGAUAGUGUCUCCGCUCUUAUUACUUCAGAAUUCUAUACUAGAGAUCAAUUUCCUGGAUUUGGAAGACCCUUUGUGUUCAACUCAGAAGUUCAAAAAAGAAUUGGGCGUACAUCUGAAGCCAAAGAAUCAGCUCGAGUGGCUUUGAAGUCACCAUGGUGGACACUAGGCUGUAGAUACGAAGAGGCAGCUGAACUAGCUGGGUGGGAGGAUGAGCAGAUUGAGUUCAUAAGAGAGAAGGUAUCCGAAGAGGGCAAACAAGACGAUCUGAAGAAAGGAAAAGCUCCAGAGCAGGUGGUCCUUGACGAGGCGGCGUUUCUGAUGGAUCUAGCCACAGUCGACGGCAACUGGGACGAAGUCGUGGAUCGGAUUGCCGACUGCUACAGAGAGGCUGGGAUCCACGACAUUGCAAAGUUCAUCGCUUAUAGGGAAUAGAACACCUGCAGUUCAUGUUUCCUACGUGCACGAUGAUGCUUCGAAAUUUUUUGCGGCACUCGGCUUCGGAGUUCAGACUGAGAAGUGUAGUGUAGGCUUAGCUUUUAUGAGCAAGAAGAAACUAUUUCAGCGUGUGGAUCGUAGGCGUAUCUUUGUGGUCACGUCGCACGAGCGAAAAUAAUGCCCAGUUUAUUUGAUUUCCUUUUGUCGUCUAUGUAUGUAUUCAUGAUUAAUAAUAUACUAAAUAAACCUCAAGUUGUUGCAA